ACGGCCGGGCGGUUAACUUAUCUCCUAGCUUGUGAGUGUGAGAGUGUAGCUGUGGUUGUAGCUGAGUCAUUCCUUAGCUGAGAGACUAUAUCAGAUGGGGCUGCAGUGGACACUCGGUUUGGUGACAGUAGCGCUGUGUGUCUUGGCGCUGAAGGCCGACGACACGGUGGAAAGGAGGGCCCCGGCUAUGGGGUUCAUGGGCAUGCGCGGCAAGAAGGACCUAUUCGAGGACAAGAGAGCGCCGAGCAUGGGCUUCUCCGCAAUGAGGGGGAAGAAGGACCAGCUCCUGGACCUCUACCCGGAUUACAAGAGAGCUAUGGGUUUUAUGGGAAUGAGGGGAAAGAAGGAGUUCGACCCCGAAUACGACUUUGAUUUUGGAUACGACAAGAGGGCACCGAGUAUGGGGUUUUCGGCCAUGAGAGGAAAGAAGGCACCGUCGGGAUUCAUGGGAAUGCGAGGGAAGAAGUUCGACUACACCGAUGAUGACUUCAUGGAUGAUGACCUGUGGCCCAUGGAUGAGUUCGACAAGAGGGCACCAGCUGCCGGAUUCUACGGAUCAAGAGGGAAGAAGAUGCCACAAAACGCUGGGUUCUUCGGGAUGAGGGGCAAGAAGGGACCUUCGGGAUUCGUCGGGAUGAGGGGGAAGAAGGCGCCUGCCUCGGGAUUCAUGGGAGUCCGUGGCAAGAAGGACUCUGAUGAUCUCGACAGCCUCCUGGCUCUCCUGAGUGAGAGGCAAGGCGAACGCAGCAAGCGGGACGAGCCCAGACAAUACACGGGCACAGUAUCAGAUAUUUCGGUUGCCAGCCCGGGUGAUACAGAGACAGCAGAAUCUGUCAGCCAAUGAGAGAACUCUCUUUUCCCGCCAACCCACCAUCUACAAGCCCUCGGUGCGGUGGUUGCCUCUUCUAUUACUCGAUUGUAAUUGAUUCGAUUGUUUUAUCUUAACAACCCUACACACUGUCAAUACAUCUUUACUAUAAACACUGGACACAGUUUCUUGGUUGUCAUCGUUAUAUUUAUUUCAUAGCAGUUCCUACAUUAAUGUGUUUUAGAACGAAAAUAAUGUAAUAAAACAACUUAGUUAAAAUGUUUGUUUUUAUUUAUUGCCUAGCUGUAUAUUAUUUAUCCAUUACUUGCCUACUAUUGUAAAUAUUAUAUCGCCAAGCUCGACCCAGGGGGAGGGGGGAGUUUGUUUUAACUUAGAUAUCUCUUAAGACAUUUCUGAAUCCUUUUUAAAUCAAUGCAUUAUUUUUAACACUUGUGUAUUUCUCUGUCUAGUACAUUUUUCUAAUUACUGUUAUACUUAUGGCUAUUAUUGAGCUCAAAGUAUAAAAAUAAAUUAUUUAAUUUUUAUUCAUAUACGAAAUCAUUUACUUUUUUAAGAAAGUAGUAUUAAGUAUUAGAAAUAACGACUUUUGUGUAUAGUAUUUUGAACGCAUGUGCUAUGCAUUUAGGGCAUUAACACAGUUUAACUAUUUCAACUUUCUGUCAAUUUUACACCUUCCCACUUUAGAUGGAUAAAUUCGUUUUUCUAAAGAAACAUAUAUAUAGAAGAGACAACACAACCAAGGGCUUCACUUCAAAAUGUAGCAAUUUUUUAAUAUUUUGCAUCCCAUAGAAUUAAGAAUAUUAUAUUUUACUAACAGAUAUAUAUAUAUAUAUAUAUAUUACUAUUGUUCAAGUAAAAAGAUUAGUGUCUGAAUAUAUUUGAAAGAUUUUUUACUUGUUUCUGUGGUGUUUCACCUGAUUAAAGCUGUAAAAAUGUCAUUGUUACUGUUAUAAUGUAGCCAAGUAUGUACACUGUAUGUAUUGUAACAAAGUCACGGCCAACUAGUGCAGAGUGUCUAUUCUGUAUUAAUUAAAGGUUUUAAAACAUAUCAAUAAAAAGGCAAUACCCUGG